CCAACUCCAAAGAGAGCAUCCCCAUCCUGCUGCGUGAACAAGCCACCGAAGCACCGCCGUCUCCGGUCCGCUACUCUGCUUCUGUUAUCGCUGCUCACCGAGCCCGUUGCCCCGUGUCGCAUUACUCGGUUUUUCCGCUAUGGAUUCCUGCUAAGGAGUGCAAGUUCGUAGGGACUGCCAUGCUACGUGGAGUGUGGCCAAGCCUGGCAUUGCCCUUGCGGUCAACCUGCACUAAGAAGUGGUGUCGGUGCCGGACGUGUGUUGACUUCCGUCUGUGCCCGAUGUGCAAUCGGGACUGUCGCGCUGAAUUAUGCGGACGUCGCAAAAUUUCAAGAUACCCCUGAAUGCGGCUUGCCCGCGGGGCUUGUCAUCUAGAGUGAGAGUGGCUGUCGUGAUCGCAGUCACAUGCGCACUGUGCCUUCUCCUAAUACCUCGCCACGGAGGAGUGAGGACAGUUGUAGAAUCUGCGAAAUACAAAAGCAUCCACAUCAAUGUGCUCUCUAUUCGUGACCGCUCCAGCAGAAAGGAUAACUAUGCGACCUUACGCAAAGUAGCAGAAGAAGUGUCAACGGGAACUGCUCCUAUAAAAUCCUUUGAUGCGAACACACCAUCCAACACGCACACCGCGAACGAGCGCUUUGUUGUGAACACAGCCCAAUGCAAGAUCCCAAACUUGGAUCCUUUCGACGCGUCGAUAGUGGAAUUUGUGAACAAGAUGCCCCCCGUGGAUUGUUCUUCAGAUUUUCCAAACAUCACAUUUGCAAAGGAUAAACGGAUAUAUAUCAAUGCAGCUAUCUUGCCGCGAGUACUUCGACAGCAUACUCUGGAAAAAUUUCAUUGCUGCUACCGGCCCUUCUUCAGGAGUUUGAAGCCCCAAAGUGACGAUGACAUUGUGUUUCAAGUUGAAUGCAUCCCCUUCCAAGACGGAGCUAAGGUACCUUAUGAAUUCGUGAAAGUGGAAUGCUACACCGGAGAUGCUCUGUUUUACGUCAACUACCACGCUUUCGUUUACCCCAAGAAAUCGUACCAGCGUCGAUUCAAGGAACUUUACGAACCGGAACACCCUGGGUACCAGUAUAGUGUCCUCAUAAUCGGGGUCGACGGAGUCUCCCGUUUGAACGCUCACCGCCAAUUUCCGGAAACCCUUCGAUACCUCAAGCAACGCAUGCGUGCCGUCGAAAUGUUCGGCUACACCAAGGUGGGCGACAACACCUUUCCCAACCUCGUACCACUACUGACGGGUCUCACAGAGAAGGAGUUGACCUUUGGAGUCUGGACCGAGGACGAACACCUCGACAGUCUCCCCAUGCUGUGGAAGUCAUUCGCCUCAAAGGGUUGGAGCACGCUCUAUGCCGAAGACAAUCCGACGCUCUCGACCUUCAACUACGUCAAGCGAGGCUUUCUUGUACAGCCUACAGAUUACUACUUCAGGCCUUUUUUGAGCGCGUGCGAACGAGAAGUCGGUCACAGAAAACCCCUCAACUGCUAUCAUUGCGUAGGUGCCCAGUCCGAAACUGAAGUCGUACUUGAUUGGCUUCGUUCAUACAAGGAACUGAUGCUCAGGUGGCCUUCGUUCGCUUUUGUCUGGAUUAAUAGCGCCACUCACGACGAUUUCAAUGGCGGAUCAACGGUGGACUACCUUUACAGGUCUUUCUUGGAAACCCUUCACCAGGGUGCCUACCUGCACAACACAAUCGUGCUCUUCAUGAGCGACCACGGGUUUCGCUGGAGUCCUAUAAGAGCGACUCACGCCGGUAUGCUCGAGGACAGACUUCCCUCUCUGUUCAUUAGCUUUCCCCCGACUUUCAGACGCCAUCACCCGGACAUAAUGAGGAACGUUCACGUCAACGCCAGGCGGCUAACGACACCGUUCGACCUGCACACCACGCUAGCGAGUCUGGGAAACUUCGACGGCAAGCCGAGACCCCUGGACCUGGACGACUACCCAGACCAUCUUCACUCAGCCGUGCUGGAAAGGGCAGUCAACCUCUUCGGCGAAGUUCCGAGCAACAGGACGUGCGAGGAGGCUGGCAUAGAUGGGCAGUGGUGCGGCUGCCGAGAGAGCGCAGCCGAGGAUCCUAAAAGCGAAGCAGUGGCCCGAGUCGCGGCGGUAUUGAUUGACGGCAUUAACGCACUCACUGCACCUCACAAGAACCGGUGUGCGCGCCUCAAGCUUGCGGCUGUGAAAAGCGCUCGCGUGUACCUCCGAGACUCGGCUGCCACCUCACUCGACUACGUGUUACACGUCGAGACGGCGCCAGGGGGCGCGAUAUUUGAGGGCACCGUGCGAACGUAUAACAACGGGAAUCCUUCUAAGGUACUUGGGGACGUGUCGAGAUUAAACUUGUACAAAGGCACGGCGGACUGCAUGGAAAUGGCACACCUAAAAAAAUUUUGUUCUUGUACCUCGCUGCUUAAGGAACCACCAAAAUUAAAUAGUAUAAGAUAAAAAAUUCAAAAUCCAUUCCACUCUGUGAAGGUGGAUGACCAGCGGAGCUGUAUAUAUGGCGAUAAAUAUGUUGAUAAUAAAUCUAUUGAUUGAAAAUAAGACAUAUACCCGCAAUGAAUUUCGUUUUCUAUGGCUUUUUUUGUUUUAUUAAAUUGCACACUCAGUGUUUUUUAACCUUUU